UUGUAAAACAAAAAUAAAACAACAAACACUUUGACACUGAAUUAUCAAAACCAAACCAUACGAUUCAUUGUUUGAAGCAAAGUAGUGUGUCAAUUAAUUGUCAACUAAUUCGAUUUGAAUCAUCAAAUCAAAUUGAUCAAAUUGAUCUUCAUUUUUUCCAUAUAAAUUGAUCGGUGAAAAUUGUGCCCGCAACCAAUUUGUUUAUUUUGUGUCUCUAGAUCAAGUCUUUCUACGUUUUUUUCCAAAUUUUUGACCAAGAUCAAUUUAUAUUUCCUAUAUUUUGUUUGUUUCGAAUCACUUCAUUCAAUCUCUCUCACGAUUGGUAUGGCAACGAACGCAACGUUAACAAUGUCCAACAAUAAUCAUGCCAAUAACGGAAUCAAUAGCAGCAGCAGCAAUGAUUGGAAGGCCAAGCUCAAGGUUCCACCGAAAGAUAACCGCAUCAAAACAUCGGAUGUUACAUCCACACGUGGCACCGAUUUCGAAGAAUUCUGUCUAAAACGAGAACUAUUGAUGGGCAUAUUCGAACAAGGCUGGGAAAAACCGUCGCCCAUUCAGGAAUCAGCCAUACCAGUCGCCCUGCUCGGCAUCGACAUAUUGGCUCGAGCUAAAAACGGUACCGGAAAAACCGGUGCCUACACGAUUCCUUUGUUGCAAAAGAUCAACGUUAACAAUAAUGCUAUCCAGGCUUUGGUGGUGGUGCCGACGCGUGAAUUGGCCAUGCAAACAUCAAACAUCUGCAUGGAACUGGGCCGACACUUGGGUGUGCGUGUCAUGGUGACCACUGGUGGAACGAACCUCAAAGAUGACAUAAUGCGUAUCUACGAAAACGUUCAUGUAGUGGUGGCCACUCCUGGGCGUAUUCUCGACUUGGUCGAAAAAAAGGUUGCCUCGUUGUCGCAAUGCAGAUAUUUCGUGCUGGAUGAAGCGGACAAGCUUUUGGGUCAGGAUUUCCAGGGUAUGCUCGAUACACUGAUAUCGCAUCUGCCCGAAGAACGACAGAUCUUACUGUUUUCGGCAACAUUUCCAAUCACAGUGGAGCGCUUCAUGCAGAUGCAUCUGAAAAACCCGCACGAAAUAAAUCUGAUGGAAGAAUUAACCCUGAAAGGUGUGACCCAAUACUAUGCGUUCGUGCAGGAACGACAAAAGGUGCACUGUUUGAACACAUUGUUCUCGAAGCUUCAGAUAAAUCAAUCGAUCAUCUUCUGUAAUUCGACCCAAAGAGUGGAAUUGCUAGCCAAGAAGAUUGCCGAACUUGGAUAUUCGUGUUAUUACAUUCAUGCUCGUAUGUCACAACCACACCGAAACCGUGUGUUCCAUGACUUCCGCAAAGGUCUUUGCCGUAAUCUUGUAUGCAGUGAUCUCUUUACUCGUGGCAUCGACAUUCAGGCGGUCAAUGUCGUCAUCAACUUCGAUUUCCCCAAGAUGGCCGAAACCUAUCUGCAUCGUAUCGGUCGUUCGGGUCGAUUCGGACAUCUGGGCAUUGCCAUCAAUUUGAUUACCUACGAAGAUCGUGAUUUGUUACACAAGAUCGAAGCCGAACUAAACACCACCAUCAAACCGAUACCCAAAGUUAUUGAUCCUACUCUAUAUGUUGCCGAAGCACAAACCGAAAAUGCCGAUAACAAUUGAACAACUAAUAUAUAUCACUCUCAUCACCAAACAACACACACACACAUCGAUCGCGAUCACCAACCAACCAUACCAUUGAAUCAAUCCAACAAUCAACCACCACCAAACACACACAACGAUCCGGUCUAACGAUGGGGAAAAGGAAGAAUUA